AGCAGUCUGUACUCAGUUUUCAAAAUCAUUCAAAGUAUUAGUUUUCAACAUCUAAAAAACAUUUGGCUGACCAAACUAUGACCAUCGCCAAAUGGUAUAAAUGGUCCGCAAAGGACUUUGAAGGUGAGCCCCAGAACAGACCAAAGCUGAUUCCAGGAUUCGAUAGGCUGGAUGACAGGCUGAGGUCGGUACUCCGAGAGCAAGACGCGCGAAAGAAUUCACUUAAACGAAAACAGGCAGGUGGUGGUCAAAAUCGGUUAAAAUUCAAGAAAGCCAAAAGAACCAAUAAACAGGUCCCUCGCGUAUGGGACUACCAAAAAGUGUACACCGAGAAACGCAAAGAUCUUAAAAUCUUGGCUCACAACCAAAGAAAAGAAUCCCAGUUCCGGAGUAGUCCUGUGCCCGAUUUCCAGCGUUCGCAUCAGCUUUUGGAAAAGAGGAAGAUAUAUCUGAACUCUCUGCAAAAGGUAACAAAGCCGCGAUGUCCUAGUAGCCUAGUUGCGCCCAUCGAGGCUUUCCAUAAACGAAAAAAGGAGGAAAGAGAACAUAGUAAGAUGUCCGACUUUAUUCCCAAGAUUAAUCCAGGGUCUUCCAUGGACUACUUAAACCGUCCGCCCUUCAUCCCACAAGUCGAGUCCACCUAUACCCGUACGAAACCUUUUCGUCUCCAUACUUCUGAACGGGCUUUCAGCCGUCGACUGUAUGACGAGAGGAAAAGGAUGCGGAUGGAUCUCCAGAUGGAGCAGAGGAUCAACGACUGGUACAAGCAACAACGAGCAGAGUAUAUAAAGAUCCGCAAAAUGACCAAUUUCAAGGCAACUGCAAAUCCCUGGAGGCGGAGAAAGAUUACCGCUGGGGAAGGGACCAAGUAAACAUAGUUUAAAAGAAAGUUUCUAAAGAAAGUGAAUUCCUUCCAAAUCAACUUACUUUUGGUUGUAGUACAAAAAUUUUGAAUAAAGCAGUAUUACAUAAAAUUCAA